AUGGUUCAAGAAGGAAUUGUUUUAGGUCAUAAAGUUUCUAACAAGGGCAUUGAAGUGGAUAGAGUGAAAGUUGAAGUUAUUGAGAAGCUGCCACCUCCUACUACUGUUAAAGGAAUUCAAAGUUUUUUGGGGCAUGCAGCCCCCGAUUGGUCACUUCCUUUUGAGCUAAUGUGUGAUGCUAGUGAUUUUGCAGUAAGUGCUGUUCUUGGCCAAAGAAGAGAGAAGGUGUUUCACUCAAUUUAUUAUGCAAGCAGAACAUUAGCCGACGCCCAAUUGAAUUACACUACUACAAAGAAGGAGUUAUUGGCUGUGGUUUUUGCCUUUGACAAGUUUCGAGCUUACCUUGUUGAGACUAAAGUGGUGGUGUACACAGAUCAUUCCGCAAUCAAAAAAGGAGUUGACAAUCAAGUGGCUGAUCAUCUUUCUAGAUUAGAAGGUGAUGAUGAGAUCAAGGAUGUUGAGAAACCAAUUAAAGAGAUGUUCCCAGAUGAGGCAUUAUUAAUGUUGUGUGUUGAUCGUGUAAUAAGGCGUUGUGUGCCGCAAGAAGAGGUUCAAAACAUUCUUGAGCAUUGUCACUCAUCGCCUUAUGGGGGGCAUUUUGGAGGCCAAAGAACAGCUGCAAAAGUAUUUCAAUUGGGGUACUGUUGGCCUUCCAUCUUCAAGGAUGCUUAUGAGUUUGCUAGACGGUGUGACAGAUGCCAGAGGGUUGGUAAUAUUUCUGCUCGAAAUGAGAUGCCUUUGCAAGUUAUUCUCGAGGUAGAGUUGUUUGAUGUCUGGGGCAUCGAUUUCAUGGGACCCUUUCCCCUGUCUUUUGGAAAUUUGUUCAUUUUGGUGGCUGUAGAUUAUGUGUCAGAAUGGGUGGAAGCAAUAGCAAGUCCCACCAAUGACUCUAAGGUGGUGAUGAAAUUUCUACACAAGAAUGUCUUCACUCGUUUUGGGACUCCAAGAGCUCUCAUUAGUGAUGUGGGAACUCAUUAUGUUAACAAAGGUUUGGCAGCUCUUUUGGCUAAGUAUAGUGUGAAUCACAAGAUAUCUACGUCUUACCAUCCUCAAACUAAUGGCCAAGCAGAGAUUUCCAAUCUAGAAAUCAAAGGGAUUUUGGAGAAAGUGGUGAAUCCUACUCGAAAAGAUUCGUCUCAACGGUUGGAUGAUGCUUUUUGGGCCUAUAGAACCACUUUCAAAACUCCUUUGGGCAUGUCUCCUUACCAUUUAGUUUAUGGUAAGGCCUGCCAUUUGCCCGUUGAAUUGGAACACAAAGCUUAUUGGGCUAUGAAGAAGUUGAAUAUGGAUCUCCAAGCAGCAGGGGAAGCUCGAAAGUUACAAUUGAAUGAGCUUGAGGAAAUGAGGUUGUUUUCGUAUGAGAAUGCUAAGCUCUAUAAAGAAAAUACCAAGAAGUGGCAUGACAAAAGAAUUCAAUCUCGAGUAUUUGAGAAGGGGCAGCAAUUUUUGCUCUUUAACUCGCAAUUGAAGUUAUUUCCAGGUAAAUUGAAGUCUCGUUGGUCAGGCCCAUUCACCAUAACCAAAGUUUAUCCUCAUGGAGCUGUGAAUAUUUGUAAUGAGCAAUCCGGAAGGGAAUUUAAGUGUUUGGGUGGAUUUUACACUUGGUUUGAUGUUUCAGGUGUUUUUGGAGCACAAUUUGGAGUUUUAGAGCCUAAGGACACCACUUCCACAAUCCCACCACCUAAACCUAACCCCAGUACUCAGCCCAAAGGCAAAGCAACCUCUGUGCCUCAUCAAGAGCGGUUUGAGAUAUUACGAACCCGCAAUCAGUUGGCCAAGCGUGGUUUUCUCCCUACCCCAGAGGCCUUACCUGCCUAUAUUACAAAUUCAAUUGCAGAGCACCAGUGGGAGAAGUUACAUGCAAUUCCCAAGCCUGAUGUGGCCUCUGUUGCCCCUGCAUUUUAUGCUGCACUUGAUCCAAAGAAUCUUGAUGUCGUUCGGGUGAGGGGUCGGAGUGUGCCCUUUUCUCCUGAUGUAAUUAACAACAUAUAUGGGUUGACAGCUCCGCUAUAG